UAUUCCAUUGGCGCUCUGCCGGCCCCAAGUUAGAACGUUUGGAGACGGCUACAACAUAAAUAGUUCGCCGAUGUGUGUCGUAUGUGAAGGGGGAUGUGCUUUGUUUUGCGUAUUAUAGGAUUGUACGCUUAUUUUUCAAAUUAAUUUUGUCGUUUGUUUUUAUUUUUUAUUCGUUUUAAUUAUUACGGACGUGGUCACGCGCAAAUUCCAGCUUGCCGAAAUUUCGCAAAUGACGCAAGGCGAACUAUUGCAAUUCGUGAGUUGUCGUGUGGUGCGUAAUCAUAGGCUAAUACAGGAGGAUCUUUGGGUGCGCGAUGGCAAAAUAAUUAAUCCAGAACCAGUGUUCUUCGACGAAAAGCAGCAGGCACAUCGGCAAAUCGACUGCGAAAACUCCAUUAUAGCACCUGGCUACAUUGAACUUCAAAUCAAUGGCGGAUACGGCGUUGACUUCUCACACGAUGUGGACACCGUCGCCGAGGGCAUCGAGAAGGUCGCUAAAGAGUUGAUUACAAAUGGAGUUACUUCAUUUUGUCCAACCAUCGUUACUUCACCACCGGAAACUUAUCGCAAAAUAAUGCCACAGGUAGGAGGCAAAACAGAAGGCGCACAAGUUUUGGGUAUGCAUUUAGAAGGUCCUUUCAUUAGCCCACAAAAGAAGGGAGCACAUCCAGAAAACUGCAUAAAAGAUAUUGAAAAUGGUAUCGAAACCUUGGUUGACACCUACAGCAGUUUGGGCAAUGUCAAAAUUAUUACGCUAGCGCCCGAAAAGGAUCCCUCUGGUGCUGUGACAAAAGCUCUAGCAAGUAUGGGCAUUACGGUGGCACUGGGGCAUUCAGUGGCAAAUUUUUCACAAGGCGAAAUGGCCGUGCAAAGCGGAGCGCGAUUGAUUACGCAUCUUUUCAAUGCCAUGCUACCGUUUCAUCAUCGUGAUCCUGGUCUCGUUGGUUUACUAGCAUCCAAAAAUAUACCACCCGGCCAGGAGAUAUAUUUUGGCAUAAUUGCUGAUGGCAUUCACACACAUCCGGCCGCUUUACGUAUAGCACACCGCACUCAUCCCGAUGGCCUUAUACUGGUCACUGAUGCCAUUGCAGCACUCGGCCUGGGCGAUGGCAAACACCACUUGGGUCAGCUGGAGUUGGAAGUACGAGAUGGCAAAGCGCUCAUAGCAGGCACUAAUACUCUAUGCGGCAGCAUAGCACCGCUGGAUGCGUGUGUACGCAUCUUCAAGAAGGCGACCAACUGCUCAACUGUAUAUGCGAUAGAGUGCGCUACACUACAUCCGGCUACUUGUUUAAAAAUGGCCGAAACAAAGGGCACCUUAAAUUUUGGCGCUGACGCCGAUUUUAUAAUUUUGACAGAUGACUUGUUUGUGAAGUCAACAUGGAUUAACGGCAAAUGUGUGUACCGUUGUCAAAGUGAAGAACUGGCUGCCCUUACCUCCAGUCCUAUUGAGAAAUUAUGCGAUUGCAUUUAAAAUUUAAUUGAGAUCAAAAAGCCUUAUAUACUAGAGUUCUUAACAUUCCACAUAUUCUUGGAAUAAAAUAUUAUUGGUCGAA